UUUACUUCGUACAAUAUCACAAGAUUGCUAUUGAAGUAGCCCCCUGCCAACGCGCCAAGGGACCAAUUUGACCUGGCCGAGUAAUUCUGACAGCCGACGGAACGGGAAAUUCAUUUUGUCGUCGGGGAAGGCAUAUAUCAUCCCGAACCGUGGGCCGUGGAGGAUUUCGUGCGAGAAACCGAUGCUGUGAUGGCAGCGAAAUGGGGCGGCCUUUUGCUCUCCGUGUAAAGCAGAGAUCCUCGCAACUUGUCGGGCGGUUCUGGAGAAACUCUCGCCAUCUACGCUCUCAUAGUAGAUGUAUUCGACGAGUACAGGGGUUCCCUGCCGUCUCCCGAUGCGGAAUAUGGACCGGCUACGACGAAACCCCAACGCAGAAGAUGAGCGUAAUCAGCGUCAUGCUUUCAAUUCUCCGUUAAAGAGAUUGCCGCGAGCUCCCGCUUCGGGCAGACGGAACAAGCCUGGCAAGGAUGUCAGGCCUAGCACGCCUGACAUGCCUAACCCACCUAGCACCCCUGAUACACCUGGCAGGACCGGCACACCUAAGACGACGCAGACAUCUCACCGCUUUACGCAGGCGGUCAAAGGCGUUUGCAGUACCCUAAAAACUUCGGCCGACCUUAUCGAAAGCAUUAAGAUCCGAGAAAAAGUUGGCAAAAGCCGCUUUCGCUUUUCUGGGUUUGGGAAGCCGACAUUGACCGGCGAAGCACGGGAGCUCCACAAUGCUCUGCGGAAUGCCCAAAAAAGUAUCAUCAAUGACAUCGCCACGCUGCGGCAGCAGGCCACGCUGCGGCAGCAGCAUGGUGUUCAGGCAGAAGGAGAUGAAAAAGCUAUGAAUGACAUUCUCCCCAUUGGCGGGCAGGCGCAAACCGACAUCCAGCAAGCUUUGCAGGAGGCUCUCGACGCAGCUGGUGCAGGUCAGUAGGACGACGAAUUUUACAAGGAAAUCAGACCAGCUGUAGCAAAACUUCUUUCGGAUACGAAGAAUACUAUCAACGGUCUUAAAGAGAGGCUGACAGCUGGGAAGACUGAAGAAUUAGAGGAGAAUACUGAUAGUUAAGGGCUAUGAAGACUAACCAGCGAUCAAAAAGAUGCUCACUUUAGUUGUUUCUGUUAUAUAAAGCUAGUAGUUUUAGUUCCAAUAGGC